AAAAGAAUGACAACAGCCAGUUCCAACACUAUCAAGAUCUUGAGGACUGUCCAGCAAGUAAGACAAUGGAGACGCCAGUGCUUGCUCAAUGGGAAAACGGUUGGGUUUAUACCCACGAUGGGAGCAUUACAUUCGGGACACUGUUCUCUUAUAUCCCAAUCUUUGAAAGAUAAUCAUCAUACUAUAGUAUCGAUAUUUGUGAAUCCGUCCCAGUUUGCACCUCACGAAGAUUUAGAAGCAUAUCCAAGAACUCUUGAAUCGGAUUUAAAGAUUUUGGAAGAUUUCCCAAAGGGUAACGUUGUCGAUGCGGUUUUCGUUCCAAAAAUCUCUGAAAUGUAUCCAUCCGGUAUAACUUUGGAAGUUCCUAAGCAGAAGGGUGCAUUUGUUACGGUCCAAGGUUGUUCUGAACAAUUGGAAGGAGCUUCAAGACCCGCCUUUUUCCGUGGUGUUGCAACCGUUGUAACUAAAUUACUAAAUAUUGUUACCCCAGAUCAAGUUUACUUUGGUCAAAAAGAUGCUCAACAAUGUGUAGUUAUAAAAAACUUGGUUAAAGAUUUGUUGAUAGAUACAAAUGUUAAUGUUUUACCUACAUUAAGAGAAUCAAACGGUCUCGCUUUAUCUUCAAGAAAUGCAUAUUUAUCCGAUGAAGUUAGAGAUCAAAGUUCGAUCAUUUAUAGAGCCCUUUCAAAUGGUAAAGCAUUCUACGAAACUUCUACAAAAAAAACAAAUCAACCGGUUAAAAGUUCUGAUAUCUUAAAUGAAAUUCAUCAUACUUUGGAAAGUAAACCCGAUAAUUUCAAUAUUGAGUACAUCUCCAUUAACCACCCUCAAUCCUUGGAAGAAUUAGAAUUUGUGGAGCCAGGGGUAGGUGCAAUCAUUUCAACUGCAGUAAGGGUUCCUAAAGAGAAGGAAGAAGGUGAAGCUAGGUUGAUCGAUAAUGUAGUACUCAGUUAAUUCAUGUAAAUAAUUUUAUACAAAUAAUAUAUACAUUUUAAAGCCC